GCGCGACGUGACCGCCUGAGCCUGCGGCACCUCCAGGGCGCUCACACUUCCCUAACUUUGCAGAGCUCAUGGAUCUGAAGACCGUCCUGUCCCUGCCCCAGUACCCAGGGGACUUCCUGCACCCCGUGGUGUACGCGUGCACGGCCGUCAUGCUGCUCUGCCUCCUGGCCUCCGCCAUCACCUACGUUGUGCACCAGAGCGCCAUCCGGAUCAGCCGGAAGGGCCGGCACACGCUCCUGAACUUCUGCUUCCACGCGGCUCUGACCUUCACGGUGUUCGCGGGCGGCAUCAAUCGCACCAAGUUCCCCGUCCUGUGUCAGGCGGUGGGCAUCAUGCUGCACUACUCCACACUGUCCACCAUGCUGUGGAUCGGAGUGACCGCCAGGAACAUCUACAAGCAGGUGACCAGGAAGGCCCCACCGUGCGCGGAUGCAGACCAGCCACCGUACCCCAGGCAGCCGCUUCUCAGGUUCUACCUCGUCAGUGGAGGGGUCCCAUUCAUCAUCUGCGGGGUCACGGCCGCCACGAAUAUCAGGAACUACGGGAUGGAGGACGAGGAGGCUGCAUACUGCUGGAUGGCCUGGGAGCCCAGCCUGGGCGCCUUCUAUGGGCCGGCCGCCUUCAUCGCGCUGGUCACCUGCGUGUACCUGCUCGGCACGUACGUGCAGCUGCGGCGCCACCCUGAGCGCAGGUACGAGCUGCGCGCACGGCCCGAGGAGAUGCAGCGGCUGGCGGGGCCCCAGCGCAGCCUGCGGGUGACCCGGCCCGGCUCGCCGCCCCCCACGCGCGACGCGCCCGCAGCCUCGCUGCUGCAGAACGAGCACUCGCUGCCCGCCCAGCUGCGCGCCGCCGCCUUCACGCUGUUCCUGUUCGCGGCCACCUGGGCCUUCGGGGCGCUGGCCGUGUCGCAAGGCCACUUCCUGGACAUGGUCUUCAGCUGCCUGUACGGCGCCUUCUGCGUGACGCUGGGGCUCUUCGUGCUCAUCCACCACUGCGCCAAGCGGGAGGACGUGUGGCGGUGCUGGUGGGCCUGCUGCCCCGCCCGCGCCGCCGCCCCCGCGGGGGAGCUGGGGGCCCGCGCCGCGCUCCACGCCAACGGGGACGCGCCGUGCCUCGGCCAGCCGCGGGGCUUCAGCCACGCGCCCGGCCACUGCAAGAUGACCAACCUGCAGGCCGCCCAGGGCCACGUCAGCUGCCUGUCACCGGCCACCCCGUGCUGCGCCAAGAUGCACUGCGAGCAGCUGAUGGAGGACGAGGCCCACGCCCACGUGCACGGGGAGGAUGCCUUUGGGCACGACCCACACCUGCACAGGUGCCUUAAGGGCAGAACUAAGCUGCACUACUUCAGCCGGCACCGGGCGGCGGCCGAGCCGGAGUACGCCUACCACAUUCCGUCCAGCCUGGACGGCAGCCCCCACAGCUCGCGCACAGACAGCCCGGCCAGCUCGCUGGAGGGCCCGGCAGGGGCGCACACACUGGCCUGCUGUGCCCAGGGUGACCCCUUCUCCAUGGUCAGCCAGCCGGAGGGUGACGGUGCCGCCCUCUACGGCUGCCCCCCAAGGCUUGGCAGGGAGGCGGCCCUUGGCCCCGGCCACCUGGAGAUGCUCCGGAGGACACAGUCCCUGCCCUUUGGGAGCCCCAGCCGGGACAGCCUGCUCGAGGGCGCCGGUCGAGAAGGCCUGCCAUUCAGCACUGACCCAACAGGCAACAUCCGCACCGGGCCCUGGAAAAAUGAAACUACCGUGUAG